GUGGCGCGCUCGGUGAUUCGCCCGCCUCGUCCCCGGGGAGCCUCGAGACGGCGUUGGGCGAGCCGCGGGGUGCGCGCGUGCCCGAUUGGCCCGAGUCUUUGUGCGCGCGCCGGCCUUGGGUCCCGCGGUGGCCAUGGUGGGCUUUGCGGUGCCCGCGGAAGUCCGCGUGAUCCUCCUGGACAUCGAAGGCACCACCACUCCCAUUGCCUUCGUCAAGGACAUCUUAUUUCCUUACAUCAAAGACAACAUUAAAGAUUAUUUACGAGCACAUUGGGAAGAUGAAGAAUGUCAACAGGACGUUGGACUUCUGAGAAAACAGGCUGAAGAGGAUUCUCACAUGGAGGGGGUUGUGACUAUCCCACUGGAAACCAGGGAUGGGGAAGAAGAGAUCGAGCGCGUCAUCCAGGCUGUCGUGGACAAUGUUCACUGGCAGAUGUCUUCCGACAGAAAGACCACAGCCUUGAAACAGCUCCAGGGUCACAUGUGGAGGGCAGCAUAUGAAAAUGGCCGUGUGAAGGGAGAGUUCUUUGAGGAUGUGGUGCCAGCUGUUAGGAAGUGGAGAGAAAGAGGACUGAAGAUUUAUAUUUAUUCCUCUGGGAGUGUGGAGGCACAAAAGCUCUUGUUUGGAAACUCGACUGAAGGUGAUAUUUUAGAGCUCUUCGAUGGCCACUUCGAUACCACAAUUGGCUCCAAAGUUGACAGCGAGAGUUACCAGCGGAUCGCCACGAGCAUUGGGUGUUCCACAAACAACAUCCUGUUCCUGACGGAUGUCACUCGAGAGGCUGAUGCUGCAGAGGAAGUCAAUGUUCAUGUAGCCAUUGUAAUUCGACCAGGCAACGCGGGCCUGACGGAUGAUGAGAAAUCUUAUUACAGACUUAUAACAUCUUUCAACGAACUGUUCCUGCCGUCGUCCACUUAAGACACACAAUUGCACAGGGCAUCCAAGCAAACAACCGUGCAGCCGUCACCUGAUGAAAUGGUCCUUGUAUAAUUUAUGGUAGUUUUGUUGGUGCUUUUGAAAGAGUAUGUUGGAUCGCUGAAUGCCAAGAAACAGGCUGGUGUGACUGGCGCGUCGGCUGGUGUUGCAUUUCAAAGUAGCACCCACGAAGCCCCUGGGUUGUCAGCACUCUAAACUCUGAAUUGCACGUAGAGGAGCAAUCCGCUGGGAAGUUCUGCACAAGCCCGUUGAUGUGACCAUUCAUUUCAAUGAGACUCGUAUAAGAGAAUCUCUUGGCGGAUUGCGGCCCAGAAUGCGACUAUCCCAUUUCUGUAGCUUUGAAAGUCAUUCCUGCAAAUUAAUGUAUCUUAAAAUCUUCUUGUUGUUUCCUUUUCUUUUUGCUGAAUGGGUUAAAAAUGAAUCCUGUCUGUUGGAUCAGCUGUUUGAAAAUCUUGCAACCUCUGGCUAGCUGUCCACGUUUGAAAGGAGGAAAGAAAGUAAGGGUAGAUAGUGUUGGUGUCAAAUAAAGUGCAGACACCUGUUGUGUAGUCUUAAGGAGGCAGUGUAGACAUGCCAUUAGCAAUAGUGAGGCUGUUCCCACCCUUUCGCAUGGGAAGGUGGCUGCAUCCUAGCCUCUUAACCAAUAAGGACAUACCUUUACUCCAGAAUCUUUGAAUGCCAAAGGGAAAAAAGAUUGACUAUGAGUUCACAAGUGUAUUUAUCUUAGCAAUAUCGUUUCCUUUUGGAGUGGCCAAGGAAAAUUCUCCUGUGUCGCAGAUCAACUAAUGGUAAAAGGUGUUUUGGUCUUUCCUGUCCUGCAUUUUGUGAUAAAUAAAAAGUAACUGUUUCAUUGUUUGACAAGUAGCUAAUAAAAUACCAGUAUUUUAUCAACAGUAACCUUUCAAAACAGAUCAAACAAAGGAAUACCGGCUUUUUUACACAUGAAGCAGCUUUGCAUUGAAUCAGUGUUGUUGUAUUUGUGUACAACAAUAAUGCCUUGGGCUAGGCACCGUUCUUCUAAAGCAGGGCAACUUGGUUCUUCAAAUCAGUUAAGCAGUACAGCAUCUCAUUUUUAAUGUCGGGAUUGUACUCUAGUUAGGCUUUUCUGCUGCCUGGAGAAGAAAUAUCCUGUCCUUUCAAUAGAAGCAUAAUGGGAUGUUAUAUACCAGCUGAUGCUUACCUCCAUACCAUGAAAAACUUCAGCUGUCCAUUUGUACAUAGUAAGCUUUCAUUAAAGGGACAGGACACUUUUCUCCAGGGCUGUUAGCAACCCUAACCUAGUAAGUUAAGUCACAAGCUGCAGCUUUGUGUGCUCUAAAUUUGUCAGUACUGUAUAACCAAUGAGUGGAUAGUUGUAGGGUAAUACCAUGUUAAGGAAGAAGGAUGGUUGUUGUGGGUUUUCCGGGCUGUAUUGCCGUGGUCUUGGCAUUGUAGUUCCUGACGUUUCGCCAGCAGCUGUGGCUGGCAUCUUCAGAGGUGUAGCACCAAAAGACCAGGAAGAAGGGUUUCAAAAGAGUCUGCCAUGACUAUUUUCAACAGCACUCGAGCCUUAAACAUUUCAAAUGGGGUAUUACAUCAGCCAGUCUUGACGUGAAACGAGUGAACUUAAAAACUUUUUAAAAGUCUCAAAGAUCUUUAGAACAAAGCUUGUCCAAUAAGGCAACUGUUCUAAGCUUAAAGAGGAGAAUUCUUUGUGAUUGGAUUAAUUGCGGAGUCUUCUGAGAAUUCUAUAUUGGUAAAUCUGUUCUUAAAAAUACUUUUGAGCUCUUGGAUCUUUUGUCCGGCGGAAAAAAAACCCCUCAGCAAAACCAUAGCUGUAUGAAAUUUUCUGGCUUUGAGCAAAUCAAGGACUAUACAUGUAGGCCAUUUCCUCUAAGCCCCAGUUCUCCAGGUUCUUCAGUCUUCACUAGUAGUAGCGGACAUAACUAUAUGUUGGUGUAUCUGCUCCAGCCUCUUGCCCAACCUUGCUAACUGAAAUUAUAAGUUUAUACAUGCAGAUACGUUGUAUGAUUGAGCUAUGCCAGUCCUCUUGUUAUAACAGAAUUAUAACAGAUGCAAUAUCCUGGAAAGAAUUUGCUCCACCGUUUCAUUAAUAAUUUGCCCUCAGCCUUCCUCAAUUCUGGUAAUUUCCCAAUAUCCAAUUAUGGGUCAUCCUAGCAUUUUGGGUGCAUGAAGGUUUUAAUCCUAUGCAUGCUGACUUUUUAGAGUAUGAGCAAGUACUUAGAUGUAAAUGCAUAGUAUCGGGGGAGGCUACUGUAUAUUUCACAUGCGUGCACGCACAUAUACAUAAAAUGUACAGCUGUCAGGGUUGCAUUGAUUCUACUCCUUAACCUUUCAUUCUGAAUAGCAAACUGGAAUACUGGAAGUCAGUCCUAUGCCUCUCAUCUAGCAAUCUAUGUUUAUAUAUUCGUGGCAUAUUCAUACCAUCUGAUUAAGGAGGCCCAGCUCUUCCUUUAAAGACUGGGAGGUGGGAUUGUAGAAUACUUGCUUUGCAUGGAAGUCUUGCUCAGCUUCAAACCCUUCCAGCUCAAGGACUACAGUUGUUGGGGAACUCCUUUCUUUGCCUGAGUCCCUGAUACCACUAGAUGGACCAGUUGUGCUUCAGUUAGGAAACUGUCUCCCUGCUGUGGGUUCUCCAAAGCCCAACCAUCAUUUAACAGCUUUUUAAGAACUUGUUGGCUUUUGAGGCCCAGGGUCUUUAGAUAGGUACGGGUGAAGAAAUUCCAGUGCAUUUGAUAUGAAAUAUUAUUUUUAUAUUUCUUGCCCUCUUUCUGGUGAAACUCAGGACAGCAAGUGAGGCUCCAAGAGGUCUCCUGUUUAGACUCUGGGUGGACAUAGGCCAGUUUAGCUUCAGCUACGUCAUGAACACCUAUCCUGGCUCUUGUUAGGCAGAAGCCUUUGGGAUGGGAUAUGCGAUACACAGAAAUAAACCCCACCAUCUUCUCUCCUGAGGACGUCACAAGUCCACGUGUGUCCACUACAUUCACCCCUGUGAUCCACGGGUACAAGUAAGACCUGCAUUCUCCAUAAAAGAAAUUUAUUUAGUGGUCAUGUUUCAGUGUACAGUUAUCAUUCACUGCUCAGUUGUACAUAAAUGUGCCAUAAGAAAUACUUAUAAGAAAUGUACACUAUAUCACCAAAAAGCUUGAAUUUUGGCUCGGGUUGCAUAUUGGGGUUGGAGGACCCUUUCACAAACUGAUUUUUUUUUUGUCUAGUAAACUUAAAUAUAAAAAUGAUACAAUGUAAACAUUUAUCUUAAAAAAAUAUCACAGUGGACUAUUUACAAUAAAAGAGUUGAACAGAAAUCUA